AUGGAUGCACAGGGGGACACCGGGAACAGUGGCAAUGCAAUUGUCUUUGGGGACACAAUGGUGAAAGGAGUAGACGGGCGUUUCUACAACCAAAGACGUGACUCUCGCGUGGUCUGUGGCCUCCCUGGUGCCAGGGUUGAAGACAUCACGGAACAGAAGAGGGUGGGCAUCAAUCAUCUCUUCAAAUAUACCACGCAACCCAAAAAGGUCCUUCGCUCUCAACCUGGGCCCCUCUAUUUUCACAAUCUUACCAGCUGUUCACCUGAAUACAGAGCUAAGUCAAAUCGACGUCUUAGACAUCUACGAAGUAUUGCAGCCCGAAAUGUAGUCAACAAGAAUGGUUUCCAUCUUUUGGACACGUACUUUAGCCUGCACCUUUGCGAUGAUAUGAAGAUCUUUAAAGCAUUUUACACAAGUGAAGUCAUAAAGGAUUCUUUGAAUCCAACAUGGAGAAGUCUAGACUUUGGCUUGAUGCCAGACCACCUUGAUACCUCGGUGUCCUGCAUUGUAGUGAGGAUCUGGGGCGGAAAGAUGGGGCAGUACUGCUUGCUCAUUGAAUGGAAGGUGAAUCUUGAUGGGCUCAAGUACUUGGGUCAGCAGAUUCGUGCGCACAAUCCCAAUGAGAUUAUAUUUGGAUUAAAUGAUGGCUAUUAUGGAACACCGUUCGAUCACAAGGACCUGAUUGAAAAGAAGAGGAGCAGUCUUCUCCAGGUGGAUCAGAGCUCUGUGAGGAACUCCUAUAGCGUCUUCUCUUUACUGAGACUUCAUACUGCUCAACGUGCAAUAAAACAGACUCAGGUAACUGUUCAGAAAGUAGGCAAGGAAAUCGAGGAGAAGUUAAGACUAACUGCUUCAACUACAAAGUUGAAAAAGGAGCGGGAGCGUUUGCAAUUGAAGAUCUUGGUCCUUCAGAAUGAACUGCAGAGACAGAAGCGAGCACUGAGCCGAGGACUGGAAGCAUUGGAGAAGGAACGGCUUUCUUUCCAGGAUAAAGAAAUCCUAUUUGCAAGCAAGCGUCAUCAUUUACAAACUCAGGAGUCAACUAUAAAUGAAGAUAAGAAGGAGUGCAUAGCUAAGAGAGAGCUGUUCCUCAAGACCAACGCUCAACUGAACAUUCGAUGUCGACAGCUGUUGUCAGAACUCUCUUACAUAUACCCAGUUGAAGUGACUGACCAGAAGGAUUACAUCAUAUGUGGAGUCAGGCUACCCAAUUCCGAAGACUUUCAAGCAAAGGACGAUGGAAGCAUUGCUGUUGCCUUGGGUUACACGGCACAUCUUGUGCUCAUGAUAUCCUACUUCUUACAAGUGCCGCUAAGGUAUCCCAUCAUCCAGAAGGGCUCCAGGUCCAUCAUCAGGGACAACAUCACUGACAAGCUUUCAGAGAAGGAGCGAGAGUUCCCCUUGUACCCACGAGGAGGAGAGAGGUUUCAGUUUGAAUAUGGAGUCUAUCUACUAAACAAGAAUAUAGCCCAGCUAAGAUAUCAGCAUGGUCUGUCAACACCAGAUUUGCGGCAGAGCCUGCCCAACCUCAAAAACUUCAUGGAACAUGGGCUGAUGGUGCGAUGUGAGCGAUCCCUCUCCAGCGCCAUCCCAGUACCUCGAAAACAAAGCCAUAUCUCAAAUGUGGGCCCUGAUUCUCUCUACCACAGUGAGGUCUCCUCCCCACAGCGAGCCUGGAGACCAUCGCACGGGAGCUCAGAGGAAGAUCUGCCCUCGAGCUACAACUCAUCACUGACUCAAGCUAUAACCAUGGCGGCCCCACCAAAGGGGUCCCACCCGCAGCGCGUCUCGUCAUCUCUGCCGGGCUCUGCUGAUGGAAACCAAGAGCAGACUGAGGCUGAGCGAGUUGACAACGGAGAGGCUGGUAGUGAGGAACGCACUGUUACUCAGCUGUCCAGCACCAUGAACGGGACAGGAAGCCACCCAGCCCUCACCUUUCCCCCCCCGGUGGGUGUCAGCGGGUUCUGCUCGGUGGAGCGGGCUGAGGAGAUCAUGGGAAUGGAGGCCACGGGCUUGGGGCCAGAGGAGCAGCUGGAAGGUUUCCAUUCCAUCCCUGUGGAGCCCGCGGUGGCUGUAGAGAGCGAUGACCAGGUGCUGGGGGAGCUGGACGUCCAGGGCUUUGAAGAAUUCUCCAAGAGAAUCUUUGCACUGAACGAGAACGUUUCCAGUUUCCGCCGGCAUCGCAAAGGCUCUGACAAGUGAGAGGCCCCGUCCAGCCAUCCGUCUGUCUGGGAGCGAGAGGGAGGCGGGGGCCAACAGCAAGCCUGGGAGUCUCCUGGCACUUCUACACAGACUGUUGAGCACUUGUAAUGAUGAGAUUACGGGCCUUGUUCUCAUGAUGAGA